UGAUGACGAAUAGACAUCUCAUUGGUUUAAGGUGUCGUGCCAUACUAUUUCUGAGGAGAUAUCGAAUGUUUACGGUUCAGAAACAUAAAUAUUGAAGAAGACGAACAAGUUUAUGAGCUUUGUUUUCCAACAAUGUCUUGAUAAUUGUAUUUGGGUUCAGGAAGAUAAGUGGCCAUACAAUCCAGGUGUCCCACAGGGCUACGUUGUAGUAUAAAGCUUAGAACAAACAAAUAUGGAGAGGGGUGCUAGUACCUCACAGGCUUACUCUGAUGGAGCCUCUGCUCUGCCCACACCAAUUUAUAUACAGCCGCAUGCCCUCAGUGUUGACUCCAUAGCUCUUGACAGUGACUAUUCUGAUGCUGAGGAGGACAUUGAUGUUGGCUUCAAGAGGAAGGACUUAAUAAAAAGAUCAGAAGUAGGACGUCUCUUACAUGAGUCAGAGGAAUCUGAUCAUGUCAAUAAUGAGAAGGCUUUUGAAGAUGCUGAUGGAGUAAAUAUAUUGUCAGUGCCUGCAAAAUGUGCUGAGCAAGCAGAAGAAUUUGUUCGAAAGGUCUGGGAAGCAGGAUGGCGAGUGGUUCAUCAUCAUUCACUCCCUGACUGGCUCAAAGACAAUGAUUUCCUGCUCAAAGGACACCGCCCACCCACAGGUUCAUUCAUGGCUUGUUUCAAGUCAAUAUUUCAGAUUCACACUGAAACAGGCAAUAUAUGGACACAUCUUCUAGGUAUGAUAGCUUUUAUGGGUAUAGCCAUCUACUUCCUGUCCAGGCCAUCUGUGGAGAUUCAGUGGCAGGAGAAAGCUGUGUUCUCAGCAUUCUUUGCUGGUGCCAUCUUGUGCAUGGGUUUCUCCUGGGUAUUCCACACAGUUUAUUGUCACUCAGAGAGGGUUGGCAAGUUCUUUAAUAAGUUGGAUUACUGUGGAAUUGCCCUCCUGACAAUGGGUUCCUUUGUGCCAUGGCUUUACUACAGCUUCUACUGUCGUACUGAGCCCAAGGUGGCUUACCUUGUCUUGAUUUUUGUUUUGGGCAUCAUGUGUAUAGUCGUUGCCAUGUGGGACAAGUUCAGUCAACCGGGAUACCGUCCUGUAAGAGCAGGUGUGUUUGUCGGCCUUGGUCUAAGUGGAGUAAUUCCUGCGCUGCAUUAUGUUAUCACCGACGGUUUCUACCAUGCCAUCAACUUUGCUGCCCUUGGUUGGCUGUGUCUGAUGGCAUUGCUGUACAUAGCAGGUGCAUUCAUUUAUGCUCUGAGAAUACCUGAAAGGAUAUUUCCUGGAAAAUUUGACAUAUGGUUUCAGAGCCACCAAAUCUUCCAUAUAUUUGUGGUGGCAGCAGCGUUUGUACACUAUCAUGGAAUCUCUGAGAUUGCCAACUACCGCCUUACACGAGGGGACUGCCUUGAGACCGAGAUUGAAUGAGCAUAAUGGAUAAAUGUAUAGUUUGCCAUGUGUACAAGUUUGUGACAGUGGAUUGGAGUAAGCAAGACAAUCCAAAUUGCUGUUGGCUGGCUCGUCAACUUGAUACUGUAGCUUCAGUUUUGACAGCUGUCAGAAAGGAGAUGGAGUGUUUGAAAUGAUCAUCUCUGGUCUACUAGACUUCUAGUCUACUGUUGCCUUCACAGUUUAUAUUGAGCGAAACUGCGCCUCACUUUGCUCUUACAUUUUGAGGAUUAUUUAUUUUCAUUAAGGGAGACAAGUCCGUUUGAAACUUGCUUUGAGUGUGUUUGAAUGAUAACUUACAUGGGCUGAAAUGGAUACCAAAACAUGCUUGCAUAGUUUUCAUCAAUUAAAGUUAUUGACCUGUCUGAAAAUAAAAUAAUGUAUGUUUCUCCAAGGCAUGUAACUUAUGAAGAGAUUUUAAAAGUAGAUUACGGAGGGGUCAGAAGGACCAAGUUGUCCUGAUAUCACUGAUAUUCAUAGUGUUAACUGUGCCACCGUUAUGCCAUUUGUUUUGAAAAGUGUAUAUAUUUCUCUGCCGUAAAUGCAAACUUGGACACAUAAGAUCCAAAGUAUAACAUUUCUCAUUAAUUAAUCAGUUAUCUGUCUUACACUGCUGAAGUGCCUUGAAGUAAGUUUAGGAAUACAGGACUUUACAUGCUAUUAAAAUGAAAUUAAUAACCUCACCAAGCUGAACUUCUGUAUGUAGCAAAUAUAUGAUUUACACAGAAUGACAUGAAAUAUGUUUUUUGCAUAUUUUAAUUUUUGAACCAGCUGCAUCCUCAAACUGUCACAUACCUUUUUUACUUGUAAGAAGAACAAUGGGACAGGCUUUAUGGUCAAGGAAGUUUCAAAGUCGAACACCUUUUGAUAACAAGAGAUACAUGUAAAAAAUGUUUCAGCACCCAAACUGUCCAUGGAUAGUAGGCCAGCAUUUUCAACAGUUUGACUAGUGUGUUCAUUUCUCUUAGGUUUUUGGUUUCACAAACUUUUAAAUGUCUGAGACCUGCGUCACUUUGGAUCUUCCUCCCACAUUUAGCGAAUAUACCAUUAUAUAACUGGAAUACUGGUCAAUGCUGUUAUCCUUUGCCGUCCUUGCUAUUGAGGCAAGACUUCCCAUGGGGCUAGAAGUUGUUUUUUGGAGAGCGAGCGACCCAAAAGAACUAAAAGAACAUGCCCAUUUGUUUUUCUCCAUGGCAAGGCAUGUUGUAAACAUCAUCAGACCAUGUCAUGUUUUCACCCAGUAGUGAUUGAUACAAACAGAGUGUGUUUUGUCAGAAGAUUUGGCAACAUGUUGUCAAUGAAUGAGAAGAAAUAGGACUCAAAGUGUUUGGCAUGUGCCUAAAUGUAAAUUGUGUUCAACAUAUCAGAAACUAUUAUGAUUUUUCAUAAAUGGUUAGUACAACUCGAAAUGCUUAUCAGGUAACUUUUAGAUGAGGUGGAGGUGCAAAUGAGUAUCACAUGCUUUUAGGCACUGUUUAAAUAUUUCAUACAUUAUUGAUGGUGCUUGACUUAUGCACAGAUUUGUACAUGAUUUCUAUUAGGGCUGGGAUGGGUAACAAAUGUUAUUCUUUCAUGAUUUAAAGGAUGUAAUGUCUUUGAAGAGUUAGACAUAAUUUACAUUCACUUUUGAACAUAAUGCAUGCUUAAGAUAUUGAAAAACUCUAAAUUUUAACCUCCGAGCUGAAGAAUAUAUUGCCAUUUCUUGCAUAUUUGAUGUCAGGAAUUAACAUAACGGGUAUCCGGGUAGGGUAUGGAAAUAGGGGGUGGGGAACCCGGGUAGAAACUUUGGACCCGUCCCAGCCCUAAUUUCUAUGAUGAGUCUAACUUUUACAACAUUCACUGUAAUCUUUAACAUGUAACAUAUUAUUUAAGUUCAUGAUAAAUAUCAUUCAGUGAUUAGUUAUAUAUAACAGUGUGUGUAUUUGUAG